CCUUUAAAGCCGAGGGGGCGUGGUUCUGUGCGGGCCGCCUCUCUGAUGGCUCCGACGCCUUUUUCUCCUUAUCCCCUCCAGAUCCCACCGUGUCGGUUGUAAACACCGGGGCAUGCGAAUUAACGCGUGUCCCCCACAGCAGGCGCUACCGAUCCGGGCGGGGGGGCUUGCAGCGGUGCAUAUAUCGCGGAGAAUCGAACACGUUCGGCCUUGAGGACGAGGUGCUGGGUGCUGCAGCGGAGAAAUGGACCUGCACAUCCUCGAUCACAGGCUUAAAGUGACCAGUAUCUGCAAGGACGGCUUGGUGGUCUUCACACACCCGCUUAUCAAACUCAUAUUCCUGCGGAACAGAACCAGGUGCAAGUUCUUCAGCCUGACAGAGACCCCUGAGAACUACACAGUGGUUCUGGAUGAGGAAGGUUUCAAAGAGCUCCCGCCCUCGGAACACCUGCUGGUGGAAGACUCCACCUGGCUGCCCCUCAACGUGGUCUCCAAUGGACACGCCUCCAGCAGCUCCCAGGCCGUGGGCGUCACCAAGAUCGCCAAGUCUGUCAUCGCACCCCUGGCCGAGCAGCACGUCUCCGUCUUCAUGCUCUCCACCUACCAGACGGACUUCAUCCUGGUGAGGGAGAAGGACCUGUCGGUGGUCAUCCGCACCUUGGAGGAGGAGUUCAACAUCUACAGGGAGGUGGGGGGGGAGUGCGUCCCGUUCCGCAGCCAGGACAUCCGCAAUGGGUUCCAGAAGAAUGGCAAAGAGGCCAAGAUCACGGUCCAUCCGGUUUUGAGUCCACUGAACAAAUUUUUGGUCAUGAGCUUGGACCCAGACACUCUUCCAGCCAUCGCCACCACGCUGAUCGACGUGCUCUUCUACUCCAGCAGCCAGAAAGAUGGAUCCCAUUCCAACCAGGACCUGGACUGCAUCAAAUUUUUCUCGUUUUCUCUUAUUGAUGGAUACAUCUCCAUAGUCAUGGACACCGAAGCCCAGAGACAGUUCCCAGCUAACCUUCUGUUCACCAGUUCUUCACAAGAGCUGUGGAGGAUGGUCCGGAUUGGCGGCCAGCCUCUGGGAUUUGAUGAGUGCGGCAUUGUGGCCCAGAUCUCCCAACCCCUGGCUGACAGUGACAUCUCUGCAUAUUACAUCAGCACUUUCAGCUUUGACCACGCCCUGGUUCCAGAGGAGGACAUUGACAGUGUGAUCAGCCUACUUCAGCAGCAGAGGCAUGACCCAUCGCAGGUGUGAUGACACAAGUGUCCCAAGGCUCAGGGAGAGCCCUUCAGACCUCACCCUUGUGCCUAGUCUGCCACAGACUCCACCCCAUCCAGCACUUACUACACAGUAUUAGCUGUGGCUGAUGCCAUGACAACCAGCUGUUCACUGCUGGCUGAGUGUUGGGCCCUGGUCUUAUGUGGUGGGCAUAGCUGCUGGUUUAGAACCACUUCCUGUCUGUGUCUCCAUCCUGAAUCUCCUGACACUACUUUCUGCGCCUCCGUCUUCUAGAAUGAAAUCCUGAGGUGCUGGAGCUAAUAUUUUGUAUAAACAUUUUUUUAUGCCCCCCCCCCCCCCCCCCAUGUAUCUGGGAAAAACAAUUUUUGUAUAACUUUUACAAACCCACCUACAACAAAGGUGGCAGUAUCCUCCGAUGUGCAAGUAUUGGGCUGAAACAUUCGGUUUGUGGUCGGAGCCAUUAAAGCAGCACUCAUUAAAAUCCUGCAAUGUCCUUUAGGAGGAUAACCUGCAGAGAUGAAACCAUAACUUGAUGUGAUCACUUGGAAGCGGUGGGUAUAGUGUUGACCUUCAGUGGUGCUUUUACAGAAAUAAAUAAUGGAAUUGAUAUUUGUAUGUAUUGAAAUACAGGAAGUUUAUAUAGCAUUUUGUUUCCAUGGUUUGAUAAAUGGAUAUGUGUUCAUAACUUUUGAAGUCGCCAUCUCAGAGGAAGGGUUUUUCUUUUAUUUCUUUGGUCCUGAUUCCAACAGUUUGUCAGUAGUACAGUAAUUUCCUGAAGGUCUCUCAGCUGCUGUCUAGUCAUUUUUGCUGUUCGCAUCAUCUGGAAUUUCUUGCCAGCUAACGGAUGUUUUUCUGAUUUUAGUUGACCUCUUGGUGCUUGUGCUGACAGGUGGAGAUGGUUAAUUUCGCAAGCUAUUUUUUUAUUUAAGCAGGUUUACAGAAAGAAUUUGACCUAGAUUUUUACAUUUCAUUAUUGGUGUCCGUGUGUUUGCAGUGCAGUUCCUGCAGUGAAUAAACAACUCACUGCAGAAGCCUCAUCUCUGUAUUCUUUUCUCCCCGUUUCAAAGGUCAUUGAUUAACUUAUCCUUGCCGAUACAUUUUCUGUCCCUUCUGCAGUGUCUUGCACUGCUGGUUUUCACGGUGGUCUUGAUUCCCCCACCCCCCACUUUUAAAUGUGUGUAAUGUUUCACUGACACUUCUUGGACUUUUUUGGGUACACUUUUGUAAAGUAACGCAGUAUUAUGACGUGCUGCUUUAUGCACUAAUAAAAAACUGUAAAAUCA